AUGACGAGUUAUGGCGGUAAUCGGGUGCCGGGCGCCAGGAGAGAGAAGGUGAAGGGGUACCUGAGGGCGGCGAAUGAGCUGAGGCAGACAUAUCAGGCUCAAAUACAGCAAAAGCUGCAGGAGAGCGUUGGGGAUGGAGGGAUGUCGAGAGAUUGGCCCGAUGUGGAGAUCGUGAGAAGUGAAAAUGAGGAAAUGCUCCUGUUUCCCAGUUACGCAAGGAAACAUACGAGGCGGAACAACCAACAAGACGACGCCACUAGAUACCCGCCUGGAACGCAGGAGUCCGUGGAAACGCCACACAGCAGCGGAGAUGCAGACUACUGGAAGCGAGAAUGGGAGAAAUAUGAAGAUGCGAACGCCAUCGUCGACGUUGAUGUCCGUGGAUGGAUAUAUUCUCCCCAACAAGGGCCGCUGAAUAGAAAGAACCGGCUUCUUGUUGCGGUCGCCAGAAGACUCAGCGGCAUCUACGCUCCGAGCUCCAGCCCCAUGACUUCGCGUCCGUCAAGCCAAGCGCCUACCAAUCGCAUACAAGCGGACGACAAUUCAUCCCGGUAUGAGGACGAAGUCGCCGCGAGAGAGGCAGAGAAUAUUGCCCGUCGCGGACAAAGAGAAGCGGACGCGGCGGUCAGAGGGAGCUACAGUUCAACUCCCUCAAAAGGAGACACUCCUGCCGGUAGUCGAUCAAACUCGCCAACACGAUCAAUGGCGGCAUCCGCAGAUUGUGAUGACGAGGAUCCCGGUGGACAAUCGGUGAUUAAGCGUCCAUCGUGGAACGAACCCGCAAACAUGAGCAGGGGAGAGCUGUCAGCAGCAAAUGAAUUAUUGUUGGCUCGACUAAAACCCUUCAUGUCAAUGCCAACUGCAAAUGUACCGAUCACGGUCUUCUUCUUCAACCAGUCCAAGUCGACUUCGAAGUCCGUAACGACGGAUGAAUCAGGUCACUUCAAUCUACGAGCUGCUUUGGAUUUCGUCCCUGAUCAAGUCCGGGUCCUGGCCUCGGAUAAACUGUCUGCGGUUGAAGAUGUCAUCGUUACAGAGAGCAAGGGUGUUAGUCUUGUCAGCGAUAUUGAUGAUACGAUCAAACAUUCCGGCAUCAGCAGCGGUGCGCGAGAGAUUUUCAAAAACGCUUUCAUUCGAGAACUAAGCGACUUGACUAUCAAGGGUGUCAAGGAGUGGUACUCGAAACUGGCUGCCAUGAAUGUCAAACUCCAUUACGUCUCCAAUUCUCCCUGGCAGAUGUAUCCACUACUGCGCAGUUAUUUCUCUCUUGCAGGUUUGCCUUCGGGCUCGUUCCACCUCAAGCAGUACUCUGGAAUGUUGCAGGGGAUAUUCGAACCUGCGGCAGAACGGAAGCGUGGUUCGCUGGAUCGAAUCAUGAAUGACUUCCCCCAGAGGAAAUUCAUCCUUGUUGGGGACAGUGGAGAGGCAGAUCUUGAAGUGUACACUGAUGUUGUCCUUGAACACCCAGGACGAGUGUUAGGGGUGUUCAUCAGGGAUGUGACAACGCCGGUGAAGAAGGGUUUCUUCGAUCAAGCGAUGUCGAACACGCCACCGGAUUCCAUGAUUGCGAAAAAUGGAGGACGACUUAGUCGGUCCCCUGGGGACAUGGACACUGACGCUCCUGAGAACAGGCCUGCUUUGCCUGAGAGACCGAGAUCGAUGGUCGAACCGAAGCUUGCAGAGGGAGAUCUUAUUGAUUUCACCAACAACUCGGAUGCGAAACAUCGCUCCCUCAGGCCUCCUUCGCAUCUGAGCGACAUGCGCCAGCUGGACGCAAAUGGCAAACUGCAUGCUCCCAAUAAACCAAAUAAACCCUCGAGUUUACGAAACUUCUCUACCUCCCAACCAACUCCGCCCACCAAUCACGAGAGAUUAUCAGCGUCAUCGGAUACAGAGACUCAAGAAGCCGUGAAGAAGAAACCGCCGCCGCCACCGCCCCCUAAACCGCGUCGGAGUGGACGGACAGCGGACACCAAUGCUGGGCACGCCAUGAUCGAGCCGGCACCACAGCCUCUUUCGAGGGCGCCAUUCUCCUCCCCGCGCCAGAAUCAAAGCCAGCCUCAAAUGCCCUCUGAUCUAUCGAGACAAACAAGCUCAACCUCGAUUGCACCACCUCUCCCACCUACAAUCUCACGCACAAACACAUCCGCCAGCACCUCAUCACGAAACGAUGAUGGAUAUGUGACCGCCGCCCGCCGGCAAAUCGCUUCCGCAUAUAACGCGCUGCCAGCAAUCCGCGCCUCCUCGCCUUCCCGCAGUGCGACCUCUUCAUCCGAUCAAGGCGGUCUAUCUAGCGACAACCGCUCAAACCCACCACUACCUGCACGAAGGGGAAUGUCCUCUUACCCCGCUGCCGCCGCACGAUGGGCAACCGGCUCCGGCUAUCCGGGCUCUGACCCUCUCGCAACUGCCAGUGAUGGGAGUCCGACCCCACCACCCCCGGGCGCAACUGCACCGUACGAUAAGAAAUUGGAGAUUUGGCGCAGACGGUGGGCGAGGGCAGAAGAGAUUAUGCGCUCGAGAGGGGUGGUCUUGAGGAAGUGGAGGGUCGGUGGCGAUGUUAUGGACGAGUGUGUCGGGUUAGUGAGCCGCGAGUUGGAGCAGCAAGAAAGGCAGGAACGAGGGAGACACCAAAACAUUUGA